AUUCAACAGCUAUACCGGCAGUCUAGUCAUCACUCUUCUUGCGUCCCCGACGCAAGCCUCGCUGCCUAUGUCUCCAGCGACUGCUACGACCGCCACCCCGCCCCCCGGGGCUAUGACGUGCAACUCGGUGCGCGCCGCGGGCUCGUCCGUCUCUGUGACGCGUCCGACCGCCACAUCCGCCAUGGCGGCCGCGUCCCCCGCCGUGCGCGCGCUGUGCUCGGGCGCUGUGGCUGGUGUCGUGGCAGACUCGAUGCUGCACCCUCUAGAGGUGAUCAACCUGCGCAUGAAGAUCCAGCAGAAGCCCAGCGCCAAGUACAGCGGCAUCCUGCGUUCCGUCCGCACCAUCCUCAAGGAGGAGGGUGUGCGCGGCUACUUCGGCGGCCUCAGCACCACAUUACUGGCUUCUCCUGUGUGCGCUGCAAUGUAUUUCGGUACUUACGAGACACUGAAGGCCACAGCUGCCCCACUUGUUCCCGACGAGCACCUUGGCGUGGUCUAUUUCCUAGCCGGAGCGGCCAGCGAGGCCAUCAUUUCGGCCGUCAGCGUGCCAUCUGAGGUCAUCAAGUCGCGACUGCAACUCGGACGCAACCCCCGUAACGCCAGUGGAGGAGUCGUCAAGUAUACACAGAACUACAGAGGCACCGCACAUGCUGCCAAGUCGAUUUUAAGGUCCGAAGGCGUACGAGGACUCUACGCUGGAUACUCGGCGUGUCUGAGUGUGGACACGUUCUUCUCGGCGUUCUCGUUUCUAUUCUACGAGACACUUAAGCACAGAUACCAGCAGCAUUUAGCGGCGAGCAAUGUGGACCGCCAACUGAAUUCUGUCGAGUCGCUGGCCGUGGGUUCCAUUGCCGGAGGAAUGGCAGCGUUUCUAACCAACCCACUGGAUGUCAUCACGGUACGGCUCAUGACGCAGGGAAAGAACAAAAAAUACUUGGGAUUGCGGGAUUGUUUGGUCAAAUCAGUGAGAAACGAGGGCCCUGGAGUGUUGUGGCGAGGCGCAUCGUGCCGUAUUGUGUCAAUCAUGCCCACGACGGGCAUCUGCUUCGGAGUUUACGAGACCAUCAAGCACACAUUCUUCGACGGCGACUUGGAGGAUUUCGACCUCGACUAAAUGUGCAGAUUUAGAAUCUAGAACUGAUGGAGGGGGUGUAUAAAAUAGAGCCAAUGAGUACGGAGCCUCAAAUAAGAAAUGAGUUGAAAUGGUCCUGGACUAAUUAGAGGAGAUAUGCAUGAGUGCAGAGCUACA